GGCAUGGGAACCGGAGUGGGUGCUCCGCAUUUAAUUAUUUGUUUUGUUUAGUUUUUAAGCAUUUUUUUGCUGACCUUGCGGCGAGUGAGAUGAGCGUUGUGAUGAGACUGAAGAGCCGAGGCCAAAACAAAAAAAAAUCAAACACAGAAUUGUUGAUUUCAGCAUUUACUCUCUCCGUGUUUUUCUCUUUCGAUUGAAGAAUUUCUCUUUAUUUGAAUGAAUUUAUUAAAAUGCCGCUGGGAUUUGCCAAAAUAUUCGACUGGGCCAGUCGCAAUGUCUCGUGGGAACGACUUGGAUGCGGAUUUGGAGGUGGAUCUCCAAGGAGCGGGGGACACCAAUUCGGCGGCCACCACGGCCACGCUGGACGAAGGUCCUCGGAAGCCGCAGGUGCGAUUUUUUAGCAUUGGACCGAGUAGCUAUCAGGUGCGGUGUCCUCUCUGCCAGCAGAAUUCCAAGACGGAGACUGUGGAAAUGACCGGGGCUUUGGGUCAGCUCAGCUGUCUCUUGUCCGCCUUGUCCUGUUGCUUCCCCAUCUUCGCCUUGACCUUUGUCUACUCCUGCCUCCAGAGUCGCCUCAAGACAAAGCGGGUUUUCUGCAGCAGAUGCGGUGGCCACCUGGGCUUCCACUGGCGUCCCACUUAGUCGGACUUCCACUUAGUAGUAGCUCUCUAACGAUCUAUAAAUAAACCGGCAGCUGUUGUCAAAUUUUUUAAUAAG